CGAACGCACGCGGCUGACUCGCACCGCCCGCGGUCCAACUAAACACGUUUCAUCAAAGAAAAUGCCUUCGUGGUGGGACUAUCUCCAUUUCAACCGACAGUACCAAAACAAAAGGAACUUAGAGGAAGGCCUGUUUCAAAUUGCUUCACAAACUUGUAAUAUUUUGGUGAAAGUUAACAACACCAACAACAUAAAUCUGACGAGGAACAAUAGAAGUGAUGAGUACGGAUGUGCCGGGCCCCCUAAAAACAAGAGCUCCAUGCAGAUCUGCGUGCCCAAAUUCAGGAAGAAUUCUAUCACGUCAGGCUGCAACCCUGGACUGUCGACUGUGCUUGAAUCUGGGAGUGUGGGGAACGCGUCGUCGUCUGAUGAAGAACUGGAGCAGUGGGAGCAAAUAUUCAUGAUGAGAGAUGAAAAUGGAAAUAGUUAUAAUGACAAAAGAAAAAAAAGAAGUAUAUGGUGUCGUCCCUCAUGCAUCCCAGUGUCAAUAGUUAUAGUUUUAAUAGUUUUGGUAGUGUUGGUACCACUGCUCGACCAACCUAACAUAGUGCAGAUGAACGCUACCAUAGCCGCUGUUUCUUUACAUUGCUCAGAUGAGUGUAGAUUAUCAUUAGUUGAAAGUAUACCGGAGGGUCAUAUGUACCCUCCAAAUGUAACGCAUUUACCUACGAAAAAUGUGUGGUUAGACUUAAUAGAUGAAGCUCAAACGAAGAUAGAAAUAGCAUCAUUUUAUUGGUCUCUUAGAUAUAAUGAAGAAUAUCCUUAUAACUCCUCUAUAGAGGGUGAGCAAGUGUUCCAAGCUUUAUAUGCUGCCGGUUCAAAGAGAAAUAUAGAUUUAAAAAUUGCUCAAAAUUGGCCUAGUAAACAGUUUCCUAAUGUAGAUACAGAAUAUUUAGUUAAGAAGAAAGCUGCACAGGUGCGCAGUUUGAACUUUUCAAAAUUACUUGGGAAUGGUAUAUUACACACCAAGUUCUGGAUCAUAGAUAGAAAACACUUUUAUAUUGGCAGUGCCAACAUGGACUGGAGGGCGCUGACACAGGUCAAGGAGCUGGGUAUAGUCGCGUUCAAUUGUUCCUGUCUAGCAGACGACCUGGGGAAAGUCUUUGAUGUAUACUGGAGCCUUGGUACACCAGACGCAGUGGUGCCCGACAGCUGGCCAGCAGAGCUCAACACAGACAUCAAUAUGGAACAUCCCAUCAACAUAUCAGACGCUCAACAUAGUUACGGCGCCUAUAUCACUAGUUCCCCACCUCCACUGAGUCCUGUUGGCCGUACUAACGAUGGCCACGCUAUCGUCUCCAUCAUAGAGUCGGCUGAAGAGUUCGUAUACAUCUCAGUAAUGGAUUACGAGCCUAUGUGUGUAUUCACGCACAAGCUUACUUUCUGGCCCGUCAUUGACGAUGCGAUCCGAAAGGCGGCUCUCGAGAACAAAGUAAAGGUAAAACUGCUGAUCAGCUGGUGGAAGCACUCCGCUCCUUCUGAAGACUACUUCUUGAGGUCACUGACCGACCUGUCGCAAGCGUUUCCGAGAGUCGACAUACAAGUGAAACGCUUCGUAGUCCCUUCAACACCAGAGCAAGACAAGAUCCCAUACGCUCGCGUCAACCACAACAAAUACAUGGUGACAGACCGGACAGCUUACAUCGGUACUUCUAACUGGUCCGGAGAUUACUUCACGACUACUGCGGGCGUCGCCUUCGUGUUCCAAGACCAAGCUGAUGGACUAUCGCAGAACAUGACCAAAGACAUAAGGAAAGAUCUUCAAGAAGUCUUCGAAAGAGACUGGAACUCUCCAUAUGCAGUUCCACUCAGGCGAUUAUAGCGUAUAAUGUAGACUUUUUUAGUUAAAUAAGUUUUUUAAAAUGGCAUUGUAAGUGUCUUUCAAACUAAGAAUGGGAUAUUUUAUUAUAACUAGCGCGGUUCAUGAAAGAGCAACGUAGACAUUUCAAUUUUCUUGUAUUCUCAGUAAUAAUCAUGUGAGGAGUAUAGAUUCCUUGUUCUUAUUACAACUGAUGAUAAGUUUGUGUCACAUUUACUUCGUAUACACAUUGUAGACGCUGUUUAUCUAUUCGAGGAUUAACAGAUGUGUUCACAGAAGAAUUCCAAAUUAAAAAGUAUCCUGUUCUUAGUUGUUAUGAUAGCAAACGUCUUAUGUCAAUAUCUUCCUUCUUGUUGAAAGUUUUGCCACGUGUGAGUACUAAGUUUGUGUGUGAAUUUGAUUCGGUAUUACUCGUACUUAUAAGGGUUACCGGUAUUAUUGUUUGUGAUAUUAUUACCUGUGUAUUAAGCCAAUAUUUUAUUAGAUAUUAACUUGUAUAUUAGGCAUUCAAAAAAUUUGAUUAUUAGAUUUUUAAAUCUGUAAGUUCACUUUGUUAUAAUCUUUAUUCAUAGACUUAUCAAAUUGGUUUUACUUAUUUCCAAAAUCGUAGUGACCAUUUAGAAUGGAUUAGGUAUCUAAUACUUAAUAAUAUUAUGUAAUCAAUUGUAAGAUUGUGCAUCGAGUAUUAAUAAAAUUAAUGAAUUUUGAACUCUGUAUGACUGUGCCUUAGAUUGAAGAUUGAGUAUAUGAAUUCUUCGCGAGUGUCUAAGUAGAUUUUUAUAUCUUUUUAGAUUUACAAAUAAAUGUAAGAUUAGGGGCGGAUCUAUUUAUAUAAACAUUAGACUACUAUUAGCUGAGAAAGUGUAGUUCUUUCUCAUUGAAUACGUUGAAAGAAAAUCUCUAAAUCAGACCCAAGAAUACAUGUAACUUUUAUUGCUUUUAAUUUAGCACAAAAUACGCAAAUGUUUAUAGUUCCGCCCCUACGUAAGAUAGUGUUUGUCUUUUUAAAGUGUAGGUGAAAGUAUUGUGAACUCUUUUCAAGUAGUCUUAUUUUUUGUUGCUACAAUAUUUAAAUUGUAACUCCAUAAUAAAUAAGUAGACUAUGAAAAUACAUACCGGUGUUUACAUAAUUAUAAAUAUCGCCAAAUAAAUGUAUUACGAUUCAGUUAAGAGUAAACUGUAUGUGUAGAAGUAUCCUAUAUUGUAUGCAAUAUAAAUAAUAAUCCCGGUCACGACCCGUUUCCACUGGAUUGUACCACUGUUUACCCCUCCACUCACCAUGGCAUAUAAACCGAGGUUAUUGAUAAAAUUAAAAUAUUUACAAAUAA